CUGUCAAUGUCAUUCUGUUUCUUUUCCGGUCAUCUGGUUUUUAGCUUUUAGCAGAUUUUAGUUUUCAAAAACUAUUGAUUUAGUUUAAGUAAUAAUUCAGUGGACCACAAGUUUCAAUGGAAAAGAAAAAUGUUAACAUUCAAAUACAAACACUUAUGACAUAUUAAAUGAAUUUAACCUUUUUACUGUAUAUUACACAAAAUGGUACUUUUAACGAUAUUAUGUUCAAAACUCUCCCCCACAAAAAUGUUUUCAAUAAGAAGCUAUGCCUUGUCUACGUCAAAUAUAAAAUGUAUUUAUAGGAGUACAAAUAGAUCUUUUUCUAAUAAGUGUAAGUCAGAGACGGAGGCCGAUGCAGCGUGGCCGCGGCGCGUGGUGACCGGGCUGCAGCCCACGGGCGAGUUGCAUUUGGGUAACUAUUUCGGUGCAUUGCGGCGCUGCGUGCAACUACAGGAGCAAGGCGAAGACGUCAUGGUGUUCAUCGCCGACUUGCACUCGUUUACAGGACGCCAGGAGGCGGGCGAGCGGCAGUCGCGCACGCUGCAGGCGGCCGCGGCGGUGCUGGCGGCGGGCCUGCAGCCGGAGCGCGCUGUGCUGUUCGUGCAGUCGGCGGUGGCGCGGCACGCCGAGCUGUGCUGGCUGCUCGCCUGCCUGGCGACGCACGCGCGCCUCGCGCACCUGCCCCAGUACAAGGAGAAGGCCGCCACCAUGAAGGAGGUUCCCGUUGGUCUCCUGCUGUACCCCGUGCUGCAGGCGGCAGACAUCUUGGUGUACCGCGGCACACACGUGCCGGUGGGCGCGGACCAGGCGCAGCACCUGCAAGUGGCGGCGCAGCUCGUGCGCACCUUCCACCACCGCUACGGCCGAGCCUUCCCCACGCCGCGCGCGUUGCUGCCCGAUGAUGGCAGCGACAGAAUCAGAAGCCUGCGCGAUCCAUCGAAGAAGAUGUCCAAGUCUGAUCCCGACCCCAAGAGUCGGAUCUUGCUGACCGACUCCGACGACGUCAUCCGGCUCAAGAUAAGGAAGGCCGUCACCGACUGCAACCCACAGGUGACCUUCGACCCCGAGGGGCGCGCGGGCGUGUCCAACCUGGUGCGGCUGCACUGCCUGGCGCGCGGGCUGGUGCCGGAGGAGGCGCUGUGCGAGGCGGAGGGGCUGACGAGCGCGCAGUACAAGGAGGUGGUGGCGCGCGCGCUGUGCGAGUGCGUGGCGCCGGUGCGCGCGCGGCUGUGCGAGCUGACCGCGCGCCCGCACCUGCUGCACGAGGUGCUGCGCCACGGGGCCGCGCGCGCCCGCCGCCGCGCUGACGAGGUGUACGAGCGCGUGGCCGAGCUCACCGGCCUGGCCCCCCGCCUCGCCCCCCACCUGCACGCCAGACUGUCUCACACGUAGACACAGAUAUAGCAUGUCAUUAACUAGUUAAGGAUACUAAGUAUUAGGUCUUUUUAAUUAUUUCCUGUGAUGUUUAUUGUAUUAGGUUGUUUCGUGUGUAAAUAGAUAAUAAACAAAUAAAAGCACGAAUCCUUGUUUUUAGUAGAGACGCGGCGCUCUCCGACAUUCGGUUCUAUUUGUUUGUGUCUGACGAUCGAUUUGUAUCUUUUCUUUCAUUUCCAUCGUAGUCGGCAACUGUUCCCUUUCUUUUAGAUCCUUAUUUAC